CGAUAACUGUAAUAUAUUCAUGCCGCAAUAUAGAUUGGUAGUUCCAAGUAAAGAAAAGAAUGUAGCUUCUUCUCUUGACAUCUAGACUGGUGUGCACCUUUUAAAUUCCACUCAGACAUCAGACACAAAAUGAGGAAUACAACUGAAGUGAAAACUUAUUAUCUCUGCAUAAUAGUUGUUUUUUUUAGACUAACCAUAUGUUCCAUGAUUUGCACUCAACCAGUCAAUGAAAGAAUAGAAUGCGGUUGGUCUGGAAUAUCAUUAACAAAUUGUCAAAAUAUUGGCUGUUGUUAUAAUGGAAAUGAUGCUAUUCCCUGUUUCCUGCCCGGUGGAGAAAUUAUGCUAAUAGAGCAUACAAAGACAAGUGGUCAUCCAAUUGAAUAUGCCAAACAGAAGUACUAUGAAUGUACACCUGGAAAUAGAGCAUCAAGAGCUCAAGUUUCCGGUAUGUAUAUUUGGAUUAUUAGUGACAAAGUACAGUCACAAACAUGCAGAUCAAGCCAAUAUCAAUAUUCUAUAGAAGGAGAUGACGAAAUUAUUAUUGGAGGUGAUCCCUACUAUUUUAAUGAUAAAACCAGUUCAGCAUUUAUGUCGCCAUUAAUUCCGGAAGUACACUUGAAUUUGGGGAUACAUUCGUACAGAAUGAUUGAUAAUAUAUGCAAAUUAGGUGGUCUAACGGAACCGGAAAGAUAUUCCACUUGCGACAAUUUAACUUCUGACAGUUUUGAACAGAAAUUUUUAUAUCAAAUUUUUGAACCAGCAAAUUCAAGAGUUAAAGUUGAAAUACGUGGAGUGAAUUUUGAUUGUUCAUUUUCUAAUACAGAACCUUACGUAAUGGUUUAUGUUAAAGCUAAUACUCAAUAUUUUAACAGAAAUGACCUUUGGAGUGGAAAAUUUCUUAUCUGUACCCUGGAUGGUCAAAAUGGAAAAUGUUCUUAUAUUUGCAAUUGUGGUCAUUCAAUAUGUAAAAUCAUCUAUUUAAAAUGGCUGAUUAAUUAUGACAAGUCAUUGAAUCCUCUAACAGCAGUGUCUGUAUGCGAUAUCAGUGUUGUUGGUAUUUGA